AAGGAAGUAGUAAGUGUCCCGAUGCUGGAGACCAACCAACACCCGGUGCGUUAGCUCACUGAGUUAGCCAAUCUGCCACCAAGAGAAUUAUUUGUUUUUAAUUUAAUUGCUUUAAUUUAUUUUAAUGAAAUAUUUCAAAUGCAUGAAAGUGCACGGAUUAAAGAAUACCAUUAAAGCCACCACCGAGUACUCUGCAGCCUCAGAAAUGGAAGGAUUGCCUUUUAAUGAGAAGAAGAGAGCGAUGCGGCCGCUGCUCGGGGCCAGGGCUCUGGGGCCCAGCGGGAGGCAGUGCGGAUUCAGUGGGAAGCCGGCUGCAGAGUUGUCCUCAGCUGUCAGUAUUCCCACUGCGGCUUCCGCUGAUGAUCGAUGAUCACCUCGUUCAGUCAACACCUGGGAAUACGCCCCUUCCUGUGGGUGGCUCCCGCAGCUCCUUUGCUCUGUCAACAUCCCGGCGUCGACCACCCUGAAGUUUCCUUCCCACGUGUUUCCGAGGGUCCCUGCGCGAGGGAUUGUGGAGCUCAGCGGCUCAGGGACCGGCCAACACGGUCUGCUUCCUCUGGCUGCUCACAGACCACGAUCACGGGACGCGAUCCCAUGACCAGACAGGUGGAGGCUCCGUGUGCGUCCCUGGAGGGGAAGCCCAGUCACGCCGCCUCCCUACCUGAGCAGCUGGAGUCGGUUCCACCCGGUGCCCGUGCAGGUGGGUGCGGGUGUGACACGCAGACAGACGGGUGUGGGUGUGACAUGCCGAGUCUGCGACCAGACAGCCCGCGUGUGCCUUCCGCGGCGAUGAAGCAACACGGAGAACGGGGCUCCACGUGGGGCCUGGACAGCAGCCUCAGGUUCGGCUGGGGGAGCCCUCUCCUCGUUGGGCAAUUCCGUGAAGCGGACAGUGUGGGGAAGGAAGGAAUGAGGCGCAAGAUGAAGGAGAGAAGCAGGAGCCGGCCAAGGCCUGUGAGCAGAGCUGGGCAGGGAUGCAAAUGCGUGGUUACCACUUGUCACCCUCACCCCGUCUAAGGUAUCACCCACUGUCAUGCUCUGUCGUUUCCCUGACUUCAUUUUUCAUAGCACUCAGCUCAUCCAGCCAUUUAUUACGAAUCCAUUUGCUUAUCAAUCACCAAAGUUACAUGGACACAGGGACCCGGUUUUGUUCACGCUCUAUUUCCAGGGCCAAGAAUGGGGCCCCCGAUAGAUCAGUCAUAAUAAAUAGUGAAUAAAUGAGUAAACGGACGGAUACUCGCGCAGCCUCACGCUGCCAGUGCUACUGUGACACCCAGAGAGGCCCCAGUGCGAUGCCCGUGACUGCCCGCCUCUGAGCGAUUUGGGAGACUUAGAGCUACUGUCAUUUUUAUUGGUUUUGAUGGUGAUUUGCUGUCAUUAGGGAUUCAGGUCUCAUCUUCGCGUCUGAGAUCCUCUGAGUAACACGGGGGUGGGGAAGGAAAGGGAGACACAGGCCUCGGCAGGCAGCCUGAGUCUGACCGUAUAAACCCGGGAGGAGCGGGCGGGGGCGCGAGCGCCUGGCUCGAGGCUGAGCAGCAGGAAGCCGGAGGCAGCGGAGUGGCCCGCGUUUUGCUUCACUCCAAGCGACCA